AUGAAACUGACCCAGAAACAGCCCAAUAUGAGGCCGAUUGUCGUGAAAGAAGUGGAGCGUCUUAUUUAUAGAAAGAACAUCUCAUGUCGGGCUCAACUCUACGCAGUUACGUUCCUUGCACAAAUGCAACUGAAUGCUGGCGAUGUGGAAUUAGCCGCUUCACUUUUGACUAUUUAUAUUGGUCUCUUCCGAAUUUUGAUUGCGAAACAAAAAAUUGAUGACAAGAUUAUUUCGGCAUUGUUGACUGCAACGAAUCGUGCGUUUCCAUAUGCGAAAAAUGAAGCGGAACGUUUGACGAAAGAAAUCGAUACUCUGUACAAAGUGUUGCAUCAAUCAAAUUUUAACACUGCGCUUCAAACAUUGAAACUUUUACAUCAGUUGUUGGUGACGAGGUUGGUGCAAGAAGGCGAUUGA